AACAAAAGCGUCCAGAUCGUUCCUGAAGCGUCCAGACUGCAGCUCAGGCAGCAGGCAUGCUGGGACAGGAGCAGGCUCAGUGAGAGCAUGGAGAAGGGUCUGAGGCUGAGCCUGGUGCUGGGGCUGCUCCUCUGUCAGGGCGGUCGCUCGGAGCUGCAGACCGUCUGUCCGUACAGGUGUCAGUGUUUCACCGCCAGCCAGGUGCUGUGCGCCGACGAGCGGAUGAGCGCUUUACCCGGGAACAUGUCCAGACAGGUCAAGGACUUCAUCGUCAUGACGUCUUCUGUGGCGUACCUGUUUUCCCACAGCCUGGAAGAGAGUCCGCAGCUCACCAGGCUCGUCUUUCUGAACAACGCCCUGCGGAGUGUCCACGCUCAGGCGUUCGAGCACCUGACCGAGCUGCGGGAGCUGGAGAUCAGCGGAAACCCCUGGCUGGAGAGCUUAUUUCUGGGAACUUUCUCAAACCAGGGGAACUUAACUGUGCUGCUGCUUAAUUUUAACAGACUCAAAACUGUCCUCCCAGGUUUGUUUGACUCCCUGAAGCAGCUGGAGGUUCUGCAAAUGAAGAGCAACAUCAUAUCAAGUCUGCCCCCGCUUCUCUUCCUCAACCUUAAUAACCUGCGCGUCCUCGAUUUGUCCCAGAACAAGCUGGAGGAGGUGAAGAGGGAGACGCUUUGUGGUCUGGCGAAGCUGGAGAUAUUGAAAGUAAACAACAAUCUCAUCAGUAGCCUUCAGUCUGACACCUUCUCCAACGUUUCCCAGCUAACGGAGCUCCAUCUGGAGGGGAACCGGCUGACUCAGCUCGCUGACGACACCUUCUCCGAGUUAAAAAACCUGCAGGUGCUGAACCUCCGUGGAAACCUUCUCAGAAGCUUCAGUGAUAAGGUGUUUGGCUCCGAGCCCUCGGACCUGAAGGAGCUGAACCUGAAAGGGAACCGGCUGAUUGAGCUGUCCUCUCUAAGCAGUCUGACCUCCCUGACUGACCUUAUCUUGUCCUCUAACCGGCUGCUCAACCUCACCGAAGACACUUUCAGGAACGUCACAGCACUGGAAAACCUGGAUCUGUCUGAAAACCAGCUCACCUCGCUGCCCACAAACCUGUUCAGAGACUUGUUUCGCAUCAAGGCGCUCCAUCUGCACAGCAACAACCUGAGCACAGUGGAUGCCAAACUGUUCGAGGACCAGAUGCUCAUUCAGCAGCUCUACUUGUCCAACAAUCAGCUGGAAACUCUCCCGGCGGGACUUUUCGACCUUUUCGCCACGCAGCACACCAUGCGGCUGCACGGAAACCCCUGGAGAUGCGACUGCCACAUGUGGUACCUGCACGACUGGGUCCAGAGGAGCGGUCAGGACAUAGAGAUGCUGGACAGGGUGCUGUGCGAGAGCCCGCUGUUUCUGAGGAGGCGGACGGUGGUCUCCGUCGACAGGGACCAGCUGGUGUGUCACCUGUCCAAAGCCGGAGUUCCUGAUCUGAACGCCUGCAGCCUGCAGGCGUCCAACGACACGGUGACCGUCAGGUGUAAGGCACACAGGUGUUCUCCGGUGACGGUGAAGGUGCAGUUCGUGGAGGAGGACGGCACCACCACGGAGCACAUUCUGAAAAAUGACCCCAAGUAUUCUCAGUGCAGCAAUAAAGAGGUCUUAGAAAGUCCCUGAAAGACUUUGCACUGUGUGCAGACUCUUUCUUCACACUGUGAGUCACAUUAUAUGUUCCGACUGUCACAGUCAAUACUGUAAACAAACCUCUCACUCAGCGGCUGAUAACCACGAUGCAUGAAUGCUGCUCAGCGAUAAGAGAGGUGGAUGAACCUUUUAUUUGAAAGCUUCAAGGUUCAACUCGCUAAUUUUUUAAGAUCCCGUCACUUCUAAGUAAAACAAAGAGAGUGGUGUUCAUGAUGUGUGUUUUGCUGUUCUGCGGCGCUCACGACUCUCCGGGGACUCACCGAUCAUCACUGUCUUGUGUCGUGACGAAUAAGUAGAUAUUUUUCAGCUUCCAUACAUAAAGUUAAUAUAAAUAGCUUCCUGAGAUUUUUAGUUUGAAUUUUAACAUUUUCAACUUUCAAGAGAAUGACAAAGACUUUGUGUUGUUAAUAAAGUGGUAAAUGAAACACAGUCUAUGGAAAUAAAGAGCAAACAUGUAUCUAUGUGCUAACUGCAUCUUGUUCUGGUUUCAUCUGAAGUGCUGCUGUACUUUCAGAGUUCGA